CUAGUCGGCGCACUGUUCGCUCAUUCCAAGAACUGGCGUGACAAUUUAUGGUGACGAGAAAUAUUGCUUACGUUGGUUUAUAUUCCCUUUUUCGAGAUGACAUACAUUGUGUUAUCUUGUUGCACCUUCCCCCUGGUCUAGAGCAAACGUGGUAGCUCCUUAUCGUUUCAGCUCGACAAACAGCAUUUUGUUCGUCCAAACGGUGAUCUACGCUACAGAGGGUUUGGUUUCCCGUCAAAUCAACGUCACAUGGGCGAGAUAACGAAGGCGUAAGAAUGCUGCUGACGAUCUCCAUUCCAACCGAGUGUAUCAGUACCCGAGCCUGUCCCAGCCCUGCGUUGUUAUCCCCGCCUUGACCUCAAUAGAUGCCUGGCAGAUGAUAACGAAGACUUGACUCUUUUCGUCAUUAUCGUCCGUCUGUUUCAAGUCACACAAAUAUGGCUGGACUACUCAACCAAGUAUUUGUGCGGAGAGCCACCAUAGCAUUAUGCGUUUUAGGGAUUUUCUUCUGUACUGUUUCCUGUGAAAAGGAACCAAUUGAUGAAUCUGAAACACCCCGCACCGACUCUGCACUACCUUCAGUGCGAGGACAUGUGGUGGAACAAUCAGACAAUGACAAAGGCGAAGAGAAAACGAGUGCUCCCCCUGGAGGGAAUCUUGGAUUUGUGCAUGCAUUUGUUGCUGCACUCUCUGUGAUAGUUGUGUCUGAGCUUGGAGACAAAACGUUUUUUAUUGCUGCAAUAAUGGCCAUGCGUCACCCACGUCUUACUGUUUUCUUGGGUGCUGCGUCUGCUCUCGCAUUUAUGACAGUUUUGUCAGCUGUCUUUGGCUUAGCUGCAACUAUCAUACCUAGAGCGUAUACAUACUAUAUAUCAACAGCUCUGUUUGCCAUUUUUGGUCUGAAAAUGUUACGAGAUGGUUACUAUAUGUCGCCCAAUGAAGGUCAGGAGGAACUGGAAGAAGUUCAGUCAGAUUUACGAAAACGUGAAGAUGAGGGUAAGAAAGUUGAAGAUCAACAACGAGAGGUGGAAGCUGACUUGGUGGUACAGCCAGAACCAACAGAACAAAACUCUGAGGGAUCUAUUAAAAACAAUAAAGAGGUGGUGAUAGAUCCUACUCUUCUAAAUGUUGAGGCCUCUGCCUCUAAUUCCUCUGAGAACCAUAUAGAUUUCAACUCUAAAAAGUCUGAGUUUGAAAGAGAAGCAGCAUCUGGAGGAGCUGAUGUUGAAUCUGCUGGUAGUGCCAGCACAAAGAAGAAAGGGAAGUGGCGUGCAAGUGCCUUAAAAAUGUUUUCACGCAUUUUUGUUCAAGCAUUCACUCUUACAUUUUUGGCUGAGUGGGGUGAUCGAAGUCAACUAACAACAAUUAUUCUUGCUGCUAGAGAAGAUGUAGUUGGUGUAACAAUUGGUGGCACUCUCGGCCAUUGCUUAUGUACCGGUUUAGCAGUGCUUGGUGGAAGGAUGAUUGCCCAAAGGAUAUCAGUUAGAACAGUUACAAUAAUUGGUGGUAUAGUGUUCCUCAUCUUUGCAGUUUCUGCUUUAUUCUUUGAUCCUAAUGCAGAAUAGUCCAGACACCAAGUAGCUCAACAAAACAGUAUUUUUGUAGAUUUUUUUUCUCUAAAAUAAGACCUCUUCUGUCUUGCUACUGGCUCUCAUACUAUUUCAAAACUCACAAAGGAAAUUGAGGUUUACAUGAGGGAGUGCACUGACUAUGUUUCGUCAGGCGCGGAUUGAGGUCCGACCGACAAGGUUGUCGGUUACCUACCACGGGAGAGGGGGGGAGGGGGGGCAAUCGCCCCCCAGCCCCACCCCCACCCUUAAUCCGCGCCUGUGUUCCGUUAUUUAAAUUUAAAUUGUCUUUAGAGAGCCUAGUUUCCUCUGAUCUAAAGAAGUGCUGUUUUUCUGUUGUUUUAUAAAUCUAUCUAAUAUUGCUUGAGAUUUGCAGCAUUUUACUGUGGGUGGAAAUCCGUUGUUCAAUGAAUGUUUAUCUACCUUAUGAUUGAGAUUUUGCCAUUUGUAAUUGUUUGCUUUAUUUGUAAAAUUAAGGCAUUGAGACUAUUUUGGGUUCUUUUUUUAUAUUUUGGUUUUUUGGAGAAGCCAACUUAUAUUGAAAUCAGGUAUUCUCUUUGGUGUCUUCAAUGGGAUCGGUUUUCAGUAUCUUCUAAAUUUAUGUUAUGUGAAAGAUCCCAAUUUCCCCUACAGUAGGUAGCUGUCAACAGUAGGUGACGUUUCAUCUACUGCCUGUAGAUGACGAUUCAUGUAUACUGUCAACAGUAGGUGAAGUUUCAUCGUACACAUGUGAUAAUUUUAGAAUAUGCCUCUACGGUGCGGAAGUCUGAAAAAUAAACACAACUUGAUAUCAAUAGCAGUCUUGUAAUUGUAUGUUUUCAAGGGCGCAUUUCUCUUAAAUUUCAAAAAAAAAAAAAUAACUAGAAAAUGUCUUUGUCUACUUUUGAUUGGGCUUAUAUUGUUAAAAAAGUUUUGGCUUUAUUUAUUGUGUGAGGCACAUAUUGUGAUACAUAUUACAUUAUAAGUAGUGCAUUUUAAUAUCAACACUUGCUGAACUGGAGAACUAGAGAGCACUAAAGUUUUUCUCAUACUUACUCAUAUAAGUAUACUGGCUGUGUGUUUUAUGUUCUGCUCUGGCAAGUAAUCAGUGUUAAUAAUACAAGUGUAUAACCAAUUAUGAUGAUUACUUCUAGUUCUUAUUUUAAAGUGUUUGGUAGAUAUUAUUAUUUACUGUAGCCUAAGACUCGACUGUAGCCAAACAUAUUGGGUGUUAAUAUUGGAAUGCAUACAUACCCUCAAGAAGUGUUUUACUAAGAAAAUCUGUUGAAGUGCUUUCCCUAGUGCUGUAAUUUCUUGUGUUAUGAGAUCACGAACCUAUGUUUGUCUGUAAUUUAUUGAGGGUUAUUUGUGAUGCUGAGAAGUAAAAUAACCGUUUUUCAUAAAAGUUUAAAUCUGAUCAAAUGUUAACAGCUAGUUGUGUUUGUGUUUCUUUACAUGGUUUGGAGUUAUGAAGACAAUUGUUUCUUGUCUUACCUGACCUGCAAAUUAAGUAAUUGAAAUUUAGUGUCAACGAAUAUUUUACGUGAUUAUUAUGUUAACUGAAUUGUUAAAUUUUUGUCACACUCCUUAUUUACCUCUAUGAGGUUGGGAUACUGCCAUGAUAUUUAGUUGUUUCCCUUUCACUAAGGAUGAGGCUCUGUUGACUCUGUUCAAAUUUGAAUUAUUUAUUUAUCUGAGACUCAGAUUGUAAGAUUGGUGAGAGUUAAGCUCAAAAAGUGAAUUCCUUUGUCUUUAGUUCAUUCCAUAUAGAGAUGUAAAAUCAUAACCAAUUGAUGUUUUUAAUUCAAAGUUUCAUAUGACAAUGUGGUUUGUUGGCCGUACCCUGCUUGUCCCCUGAGACAGUAAGGCGAUGCCUUUCGAUUCCUCAAGAGCAGCUGAUUCCGCCUGACCACGCCCGGAACAUGUAAUCAAUAAGCUAAACUGUACAGUGCAUUAUAUGUUUCCAAAGCAUUCUAAAGACGAUAUUUUCUUUGUGGUUGGGCGGUUCACGACGUCGUUCCUUUUGCAGCUAUUGGAAUGUAGUGUAUGCAGGCGUGGGGCCGGGUGGCCUACUCGCACGGGGCGACGGGGAGCUGCACGUAGGCCAGCCACGCGCCGUUACAGAUGCCUGCUUGUUGUGAACCGCCCAACAACUGUUGUUGCCCGUGUUAAAAGCCAGCGACCUUCAGUUAAUGUCGUUGAUUUGCUUCUCUUCGGCCGAAUAAAAGAGACUGUAUUUUUGUA